UCAAAUAUCUUGCAACUCUUAAUCUCAUUUUUAACCACAAUUUCCCGGAUUAUGGCAGCACUUGCUUUGGCGCUUUCCCUGAACUGAUUUUCCUGCUUUUCUCCAACUCAAAACCUUCCUUCCCUCACCGCCCCCAAACCUAAAAAAAUUGACACUCAGAAUUUCAAGAAAAAAAUCAAUCUUUGCAGCUAACGAUGGACGAAGACAGAAUAGUGCUCGUUUUGGCGAAGACCUCAGACUUAAGGGCCAAGAUUGUCAGCUGCAUUCAGAAUACAGCUUCUAAUGCAGACAGAGAAAGUGGAGAGAGUGUGUCCAAGGAAUCUGAAGCCAACCCAAAUGCAGAAAAUAGAGAAAACGAUGCUGAGGAGGAAGCUGAGGAGAGUCUCCUCGGUAUCAAAGAUGCUCUUGAAUCCCUUGAGGCACAGCUGUCUUCUUUGCAGGUGCUGCAGCAGCAACAAUGGUACGAUAAAGAAGCAGCUUUAGCUGAAAUCGGAUACUGCCAGCAGAAGUUGCUCAAAGAGCUGAAGGAAUACCAAGGCAAGGACUUGGAAGUCAUACACGAGGCCGUGGCUUUUGCCAGCGAAACAGAAGACAACAAUGAUCUCCUUCUUCCUCCAUAUCCAAGCCGGCCUUCUCAAUCCAUCGUUUCCAAAAACGGCUACCUCUCUACUUUCACCUCAUCUCGGAGAUCCUCUCAAAACGGGUUCGCAAGCGGUGGCGCAAAACACCACCACAACAUCCCCAACAAUGUCGACAAACCAGAGGCCGGGGGAGCAUUUAAGUCAGUCAGAGCCUUGCUAGGCACAGCAGCCAAGACGGCCAUGACCGUAGUCGGGGUGAUCACCAUCUUGAGCUUGGCGGGAUUCGAGGCGCGACUGGGGAAACGGGAUAACCAGUUCAAGUUCUCGGAUCUGUUUCAGCAGCGGCGGGAUGAGGAGAAGGGGAGUGGCGCGGAGUGCCCGCCGGGGAAGGUCCCCGUCGUCGAAAAUGGGGAGACGAGGUGCGUUGUGAAAGAGAGAGUUGAAGUUCCAUUUGAAUCUGUUGUUUCUGCUCCAGAUGUCAGUUAUGGAUGUGGUUGAAUUCUUGAUUUUUAGUUAAUCAUUUUGUCUUGAAUUCUUCUUUGUAUAUCCUAAUCUCUGUUUUUGUCUCUCUAUGUCGUUGAGAUUGACUAUCUUAAAUUUAUUUUGCAAUUUAGCCCUUUGCUUUCUUUCA